AAACAAGGAAAUAGCUUGUGAAACCGACAAGAAAAUACGAACUGUAAACGACACUCCUACAACAAAGUACCCGUUUCACUUUUACGAAGAAGUAGAUCAUUGUGCUCCUUUGACGACAUAGAUUUAACCGUGAUCGAAAACGAAAUAACAAAUUUUUAGUUACAGAUUUUUUUUUUCUCUAUUACGUUAGCAUUAAAUGGACAAUGGAUGAAACACACAAGAAGAUUCUUCAGCGGAACAGGGUUAACCUGGUGACAGACUUGGAUCCAUCAAAACUCUAUGAUGGCCUUCUGGAAAAAGGAGUUUUCACCCAGGACAUGAUCGAUGAGAUACAGAGCGCUGGGACCAGACGAGACCAGGCCAGGCAGUUAGUCCGGGACCUGGAAACCCGUGGGAGUCGGGCUUUCCCCUUAUUUCUGGAGUGCCUUCAGGAGACGGGGCAGGAGAGUUUGGCAGAGCUCCUACAGAAUGGAGCUCCAGCUGUUACCCUGCAGCCUGCAACACCCACUAAAGUUGUCCGCCCUGUAAUCCAGCCUCUUCCAAUUCCCUCUCCAGUUGAUGAUGACAAUCCAAGUAAAGAUGUUGUAAAGCCAAGUAUCUCUCCUAUUCCUACGCCUGACGGGUGGCAGUUAAGACCAGGACCAGGCAGAAUAAGACGUGACAGCCUUCAGAGCUAUAAAAUGGAUGCGAGCCCGUGUGGUCAUUGCCUCAUCAUAAACAACAUGGAGUUUGAACCUCACAGCAUGCUGAAAAAUCGCAAGGGCUCCAACAUAGACUGUGAAAAGCUGGAGAGACGAUUCAAGACACUCAACUUUGUUGUGGAAGUGAAGACGAACCUGAGACAAAAACAAAUCAAACACGAGCUGUUGACUUUGUCCAAGAAGGAUCAUUCCCAGUAUGACUGCUGCGUGGUCAUCAUGUUGUCCCAUGGCACUGAGGUGAAUCACAACCGCUUCCCUGGUGCCGUGUACGGUGUGGACGGACAGUACGUACCAGUGCAGAUUAUCACAAACUACCUCAAUGGCCAGCAUUGCCCAUCUUUGCAAGGCAAACCUAAACUGUUCUUCAUCCAGGCCUGUGGAGGAGAUGAGAGAGACAUGGGCUUCGAGGUGUCCCCCGAUGAGGUCGAACCAUCCUCUGGUGGAAUGGAUGACCAGACGGACGCUAUUCCGAUGUCAUCCAGCAGUGACUCCCUGAGCAUGUCUGAUGAACCGGACGCCAGACCCAGCCUGCCCACUCCGAGUGACAUCCUGGUGUCCUACUCUACUUUCCCAGGUUAUGUUUCUUGGCGAGAGACUCAGGCGGGCUCGUGGUACGUCCAGACACUGGACUAUAUACUUGAGGAAAACGCUGCCACUGAUGACUUGGUCACAAUGUUGAUGAUGGUUAACAAUGAAGUCUCCCAAAACUCUGCAAAAGGGCUCUACAAACAAAUGCCUGGUUCCUUUAACUUCCUCCGCAAACUCCUCUACUUUCAAACCCAAACAUAAUGGAUCAAGUGCGGUAGUCUGUGUCAGUUCCACAUUUCACAGCACUAUAACUUCUUUUUCAGCACAGUUGCAGUGUGUGUGAUUUCUGACUCUGCUGUGAAUCUGCUUUAACUGAAUGGAUCACGUCUUGUAUUUUUAAUAUCUCUCUGUGUUUUCUAAGGGCUGAUGGUUUCUAAAUGAGCUUUUUAAAAUACAGAACUAUUACUGUGAAAAUGUUAUUCAGGUUAUUUUUGUUUCACAGAUACAGCAGCUGACCGAGGAAAGAUAAUCCAUGCACUCUGCGAACCUUUAAUCUUCUUAUGUGCAUCAGCCAAUAAUGUUUAAUUUAUACUCUCCAUUGUUUUUGCUCUUUCUCCUGUUCUGUCCGUUUAUGCACUGAUCAUGUAUAAAAUGCUGUUUUGUUCAUGCUGGGAUAACUUUCCAUGAACUAGAUAUGAGUCACACAUCAGACUCAAAUAAAAGGAGGAGUGAGA